AUUGAAGAAACAUUUAUUGAAUUUACUAAAAGAAAAGAUAUUGCAAUCAUUCUGAUAAAUCAACAUGUAGCAAAUAACAUUCGACAAUUAGUAGAUGAUCAUGAUCAAGCCUUCCCUACGAUUCUUGAAAUUCCAUCAAAGGAUCAUCCAUAUGAUCCUGAAAAAGACAGUGUUCUUAAACGUGUUCAACAUUUAUUUG